CUAAUCUUUUAGUUAGUCGUCCUCCUUGAACGAUCUGAUGAAUAUUCCGUGUAAAUAACUGAGACUAUUUUCGAGUGUGCGGGAUUAAGGAGUUGCCCGGGUAAUGGCUGGCUAGCUGUACGUCCAGCACCCAAAUGGAUAUAUGUAUGUGCUCGUAAAUAAAUGCCGCUUUGACGUAUGCGUUGUGUUUAUGUAGACAAUAACAAGCUGUCUUUUCCUUUCCCCAACCCCGUUUGUGUUGUUAUGUGUUUUUUCUAACUCUCGUUAUCUCGCUGAAGCGCAGGCCACAGAUCGUUAGCCUGUUUGGGCUAGUUAGCGCGCUAGCUGUGUGUUCACUCAUUUCUGUUGCUUAGUUGGCAACUCAGUGCCUAUGCAAUACCCCCUUUUGACAACAUUAGCCCAUCGACAGCCAAUGAUUCAGAUUGUCACUUCGUUGAUAUUUAUACUUCCAUAUAUAAUACUCCUGCAAGGGACACGCAAUGUACCAAAGAUGUUUUGGAGUUUAUCAUGAGAACUUAAGUUUCUCAUACUUUGGUGACGAGCUAAAUGAUGCUAGCAGGAACAUUUGACCAGUUUAUUUUCAUGUUAGCACUUUAGACAACUUUUGGACUUUUUCUAAAUAUUGGAUAAUUAACUGUGUUUUCAUUACUUGAGUGUCCCAAGAACCAGUCGUGCUAAAUCUUGAUGGUAGGCCAGUGAAGAAUAGGCCUGUAUUGUCACAAUUGUUGGCGUCGUAAAAAAAAUGUCGUUGUCGAUGCUUGUAAACCAAGCCUGAUUCGACAUGAGACGAUGCAUUAUAGACUAUAGUUGCACGGUUAAUUGUAUAGAUUUUAACCAUCGUUUAUAAUUCUGAUGUCUUGGGAUGAAUGCUGCAGAUCCACAGGCAGUUAAAGCCAAACAGAAUUCAUAUUUAUAUUGAUAUUCCUUCUGUAAUUUGUGCACUAUACCAGCAUGGCAUAGGGUGUAAGACUUUAAAAAAACCAACAACAACAAUUGACCAUUAUAUUAAACUGCAACAUUUCAGGGGGUCCAUUGAGAAAUUUUGGUUGGAAUUUGCUUGAGAGUAUGUGUUUUCACGUUAAAUAGUCAUCUUCAGCACAGGCUCCCUAAGAGCUGAUACCUUGUUAACGCUGAAGCAGUUUUUUGAGACAAGAGUGCAUACAUUGUCAGUCUUGUAUUUCUAGUUAAUGGUUUAUGGUACUUAUUGUGAUAUUCAUUAGACAAGGAACACAUGCAAUGGGAGGGUCUGAACUUGUUUAUGUCAUUGAGCGUGUCAAAUAUUUUGCACUUGAGUUGAGAUUAUGCAUAGGUUUGUGCAAAUACACAGUGUGAUUAAUAACCAAUUGGACUUAAAAAUGUACUUUUUGUUAUGUUCAAGAGAAAUGUCUCCUGUCUUUAUAGUUUCAAUUUUAAAUGAAUGUGUUAGCCUUCGUGUUGACUUGCCAUAAUGGCUUGCAUCUACUCACAAAUUCUCUUGAAGCACUAAUAGCGUUACCUGGCUAUUAGUGCUUAAUAUUAUUAUCUAAUGAGAUGAGCAAAUUGUCUAUUGAAUCACAGUGGCUAAUUAGGCAUGAGUAUCCUGGGUAUGAAUUCUUCCAUCUUAGUUUUUCAGGAAACAAUCCAUUGUUAAAUAAACCAGCACAAGGUCAGCAUCAUCCGUAACAUCUGGAGAGGUGCCUCCCUUCACUCACAACACAACAGAGGCACUCAGACCGAGAUGACUCCGACUCCACGUCACACGACCUCAGGCCUCAUCUCAAGCUCCUGCGGGAUGUAUUUUUAGACCUGGAAGUCAGAAAUGCUAGAUAUCAUUUCCUGAAGGGAGAUCUGGUUUUGCAUCCCUUAAACCGUCGAACUCUAGUAAAUUUUGUCUUUAAUAGAGACAGUGAUUCAAUGCAGAUUUUUUCCACUUUUUGAUGGAUUUUUCUCCCUUCACCUUUCAUUGCAUGUGUUCUGCUUUAUCUGAGGUCAUUUAUAGGCUCAAAAGCUAAAUUGUUUAAGGAUUGUGUGAAUUGGCAAAGUGUAAUAACACAUUGACUGUGUUAUUAAGACAUUUUUACCACUAAGUGCUUUGGUUUUCACUGCACUGGGUUAUAAAGCUGUAAUAGGCAAAACUUUGUUCAAUAACCCAAGCCGGACAAAUACAUCCAAUCCAAAUUUGAAUUAAUACGAUUUUAGGUUGUUGUUAUUAUUAUUGGGGGAAUUCUUUAUAUCUAGACCACUUUAUAUCGCAGAGUCACAAUCGAGAAAUGUGUUCAUGUUCAGUGUUUGUGAAAUGCCCUUCAAAAUGAGCGGUGCAGCUUCUGAUCAUAAGCUCUUCCCACCAUCUAGAACUGUGGUUCUCAACUUUUUUUUGAUGAAGGCCCCCCACUUCAUUCCCUUACCCCAGACAUUGCAUAAUUUUAAAGUUUUGUUAAUAAAUUCAGCAGGCUUAUGCGUCAUGAACGUGAGACCAAACCAUUUCUUAAAUUUAAGCAGAUGGAGGUCUAGAUCUGGGGCUAUAAAAUGAAAACGUGAAGACAGAAACUAAUAAUUCAAGUGGUAUUGUUAUUCUAGUGGUUAUUAUAGUGAAUAGACUGAUAAUAUUGUUUAUUUUGCCCCACUAAAAUGCUCAUUCUACAUUACGGCAUUAAUUUUGAGUUGGACGUAGAUGUACAUUUACUAGUAUCAACAACAGUAAGGUUAUCUAUAAAAAGUAAAAAGUUAACACCUAAUUUAUGUGACUAAAUUAUUCUAACAGUAUGACUGAGUUGGAACUCCUUUCAUCAGGUUCUUAUUGAUUCAAAUUCUGUCAUCUCUUGGAAUUUCUGAAGACAAACAAAACCAGUUAGAUUUUCUCACACUCAAACUAAAAUAUUUUAGCCUAUUUAUUUUAGGAUUUACACAUUUCUAUUUAAUAUAAAAUCAUUGCCCUUAUGAAAAGUUAAAUGUAUUUAUUUAUUUUUAUAGUUUUAACAACGGUGUUUGUAACUAGGGAUGCACCAAUCCGAUACCUGGAUUGUAUCGGCUCCGAUACUGAAGCUUUUAAACGGAUCGGGUAUCGGUCCGACGAGCCAGAUCCAAAUCCGAUACUGUGUGUUAGUCAUGUUCGUUACUGUCAAGCUCAAAAAAUGACAUAAAAGAACCAUAAGAACACAAAGUAGUUCAUAUGAUUGGUGCAUUUUAUUCAAAGCCACUUGAAGACGUGCGAUAGCUCUGUGAAUCACAAAAGGCUGUGUUUAAUAAGUAAAUAUAUAAAAUGCACGCGCAGCUUCAGUGCGUCAGUGAAUGGCGCUGCUCUGUUUACACACACACAUGCACCUAUUUUUAGCCUUCACAAGGUGCGCAAUAUUUGAGCACUACAUCUCAGAUGUAAAUGCUCAAAAGAUCGGUUCACUUAUAAUAUGCAUUUAGAACAGCACUGGAGGUGCUUUUUUUUUUCUUUCUUUUUUUACCAGAAUUUGAAUAAGAAGCGAAUUAAACUACUUUGAACUUGCAUACAAACAGACACAAACAGGAAUUCCUGGAGAGUUCAGAAUGUCAAAAUAAAAGCCUGAGGGUUUAAAAGUUAAAGGUGCAUGAUUGAGAUAUAUUACUAUAUAUAUUACUAUAAUAAUAUAUUAUUAUUAUUAUUAUUAUCAUUUGUUUACAAAUUAAAAGUGAGCUGAUAUCUUACAAUUAAACUGAACAAAUAGAGAUCUGAAUCCUUUAAAGUCCAGAUACAAGUUGAAAAAAAAAUAUAUAUAUAUAUACAUAUAUUUUCUACUGAUGACUUAUACUGGAAUUACUGUUAAUUUUGUUGCUACAUUAUCCAGUAUACUAGUUAAUAAUAAGCUAUAAUUUAUAUUGUAUACUAUAGUUACUAGUUUUUUAAUAAGCUAUACAUUUAUAUUGAAAUAAUGUGUAGUUAGAGGUUUGUGUUUCUUUACAUGUUAAAGAGUACUCCCACACAAUAAUGUAAAGAUAUUCUAAACUGAUUAUGCAAAAAAACAACAACACUGGUAUCGGAUCGGGAUCGGUAUUAGCCGAUACUGAGAUUUCCGAUAUCGGAAUCAGAUCGGAAGAGAAAAAGUGGUAUCGGUGCAUCCCUAUUUGUAACAAGACCAUAGUAAACACAUGGAAGUAUGGAUCUUCUUCACUACCAUGGUUAGUGGCAUUUUUGUAAUUACAAACAGUAGACCUACUCUAAACACAUGUAAAAACAAUGAAUACAAAAUAUAAACAUUUAAAAGCUGUAACAAAAAAAAAGUAAAUUUAUUGUAUUCCCUCACUCCCCAAUGUAGCCUAUGACAAUUUAAUAGAGCUGAAGUAGUGAUAUGAUAAUAUGUAUUAUGAAUCUUAUUUCUGCCUAAAGUACAGUUAGUGCUAUAGUAAAUUCAAGGGUGGUCAUGUAGAAUUCUGUGCCAAAUUCAAAUGGUUUCUCACUGGUUCUCGCAGCGCAGCAAUGAUCAGAUGUGUGCGUUUAAGAGCUUGAGACCGGUCUGUGAGUAAAAAUGCACCUGCUUUGCCCUCGUGCUGCUCUGUCCAUUGAGCCGUAUCCACUUACAUAGCCAUACAGGUGGCUUAGCGGAGGUUGUGACUUUGCCUGACUAUUUGACGCUGCUAAACCAGAUACAUCAGAUGCGUCGCUAGACUUCAGAAUCAGAUAAUCCGAGGUACAAAUGCAUACCAACCCGUAUAAUGGAGACUAGAUAAACAUUUUAAGGCAAACAGGAACUUGACGAUUUGAUUAACAUGACUGAUAAGCCCCCCCCCCCCCCCCGUGACCUAACACCCCCUUCUCUACCAGUUUGCUCUCAGCGCCCCCUGGCAUCCUUUGAACGCCCACUGGGGGGCGGUACCGCCCCCGUUGAGAACCCCUGAUCUAGAAGAGCAGGUGCUAUUAGAAUGCAGUUCUCCAUGUGUACUUUUAAAGCCGGUGCCACACUAGCCGAUUUUACCAGUGAUUUUCAGGUGUGAACUUAAUUUACAUAAUCGUCGGCCAGGCGGAGGGAGAUUAAGUGCACAUUAGCCUUUGCCAGUGGGGGGUCGUUAAUCACUUGACCGUCGGGACUCUCUGUUGAGUUAAUGGCUUCAAAAACUGUAAAAGCACAUCAGGCUUGCUUGAAAAAAUCUUUCUGUCACCAAGGCAGGUUCUUGUGUUCUCGUCAAGUGACCAAUGAGCUUCUUUUACCAAAGAACAUCAAGCUGAUCUGAAUGUUUUCAUGGCACUCAGUUGCUAUAAUCACAAAUGCUGAUUGUAAUCUACAGUGAUACUGUCACCAGAAUCAUUUUUCUCCUACACUAAAUGACUAAUCUGAACAUGAAGAAACAGUCUGUUUUUAUUGAACGUAAUUUCGUACUCACUGAAAGCUGCAUAUGUUCAUACGUGUUCUACUGCAAGCCUCGAGGGGAUAAAUACACAAUCACACUCUUUGACAAGCAAGCUCCACGUGACAGGGAAACAGAGAGGGAGAGUUGCGAUGAGUAGAUAUUCUAAGAUGCGCCGCUGAUGUGCUGCCUGUUUCAACACAAACUGACAUGCUAUGUAUUCGUAUGUGGACACAAGGAAUGUCUGACACGUCGCUACAAAACCACCUGGAGGGGGCGCUAAGGAUGGAAAAUGAUGCCAGACAGUGCCUUGCUUUCAGUAGCUAGGGCCGUGUGGAAGCAAAGGUGUGUGCAUGUGUCUGUAAACACAUGUUAUUGUGACCAUCUACUGAUGACCAUGCUCUUCUGAAGUUGGAUUUGAGGAAGAUUGCAAUGUCUUGUGUCAGAUAUCACUUCCUUGGAUUGUCUGCUGUUGUCAGUACUUCCCCACCUAUAAAAGCAGUUCAUGUCUAGUUUAAGCUACAUGCAUAGAACUGUUUUGUGGAUCAGUCAUUCCCUCCACACUCUCUCUCUCUAAAUUCCUCUCCUCCAUCCCAUUCCCCAUACCCCUGUUGCUAGUUGUUUUGGUGGCUCUGUGAUUUUAUGGCAGUGGAGUAAUCGUGGAGAGGCCGGGGUAUCACAAGCUUAUGGAUUUUGAUAAGAGAGGAGGAGGAGGAGGAAAAGGAGAGGUGGAGGAAGGAAAGAGAAUGUCUAAGACUGGUGGGAGCAGGACAGGGCACGGAGGGGGCCGAGGCUCCGGGACCAAUUCUGGAGUGCUUAUGGUUGGCCCUAACUUCCGAGUGGGAAAGAAGAUCGGCUGCGGAAACUUUGGCGAGCUUCGACUCGGGAAGAAUCUUUACACUAAUGAAUAUGUGGCCAUUAAACUGGAGCCAAUCAAAUCCAGAGCACCCCAGCUCCACCUUGAGUACAGGUUUUAUAAACAGUUGGGAAACUCAGAGGGCGUUCCUCAGGUGUACUACUUUGGUCCUUGUGGGAAAUACAAUGCCAUGGUGCUGGAGCUGUUGGGGCCCAGUCUGGAGGACCUGUUUGACCUCUGCGAUCGAACCUUUUCCCUCAAGACUGUCCUCAUGAUUGCAAUUCAGCUGAUCACACGGAUGGAGUAUGUGCACACAAGAAGUCUUAUCUACAGGGAUGUUAAGCCUGAGAACUUCUUGGUGGGCCGGCCGGGGACCAAGAGGCAGCAUACGAUCCACAUCAUUGACUUUGGGUUGGCCAAAGAAUACAUUGACCCUGAGACCAAAAAACACAUCCCUUACAGGGAGCACAAGAGCUUAACAGGCACAGCUCGUUACAUGAGCAUCAACACACACCUGGGGAAGGAGCAAAGCAGGCGGGAUGAUUUGGAGGCACUUGGUCACAUGUUCAUGUACUUCCUACGAGGCAGUCUGCCCUGGCAAGGCUUGAAGGCUGACACACUUAAGGAGCGCUACCAGAAAAUCGGAGAUACCAAAAGGGCAACCCCUAUAGAAGUGCUCUGUGAGAGUUUUCCAGAAGAGAUGGCCACCUACCUGCGCUAUGUGCGGAGACUGGAUUUCUUUGAAAAACCGGAUUAUGACUACUUGAGGAAACUCUUUACAGACCUCUUCGACAGAAACGGCUUUGUCUUUGAUUAUGAAUAUGACUGGGUUGGCAAGCCGCUGCCAACUCCAAUAGGACCCAUGCCUAGUGACACACCUCUGCAGUCCAGCAGCAGAGACAAAGCACAACCACAGACCAAAAACCAGUCACCAGAACCCAAAGGAAGUGAGUCUCAGCCCACUCCCGUGACCAACAGGGAGCUCCUGGGGUCGCACCUCACAGCCGAUAGGUUGGGGGGCUCUGUCCAGGUUAUGAGCUCGACCAAUGGAGAAGUGAAUACAGAUGAUCCCACGGCGGGACACUCCAACGCUCCCAUUACUGCGCCUGCUGAGGUAGAGGUGGCCGAUGAUACAAAGUGCUGUUGUUUUUUCAAGAGGAGGAAGAGGAAAGCACUCCAGCGGCACAAGUGAGGAAGAACAUGUUUGAAACAUUAAGAGUCACUGGUGCGUUUAAAGAAAAAGAAAUAAAGCAAAGGACUCGAUAUGAAAUGUGGAGCACCCUCCCUUUCUAUCUGUGCUCUGAGUGCUGUGCUCCACCUCAGAACACAAACUCACUGCCUCACUUUUGGCAUCCGCUCAGAGAGAACACACCUCAGUACUCUGGGCCCUGACACUCUUUGUAAGGAAUCAAUUCAGUGGAACAAAUAAAUAUAUUUGUACAAUGUGGGACACCAGAAGAGAUUUAAAUGGUCGUAAAUAAGAUGAUAUAUGUUAUGUGACUUAAACCCAGAUGGACUGUUUGAACUUGUGCUUUAGAUGAAAUGCAAAACCAAUAUUUGAGAACUAAAAGGCAACCAGAAACUCCAUACACACAAACAUCCAUUCACUUCGACACUGGCUGGAUAAUUGCGUGAUCUCCCAUGGUGUUUUGUUUGAUGGGAUCAAAAUAAGUGGGGAAAGCCUGCUGACUGAUGUAUUGAGAAAUGUUCACCAGAAUCAAACAACUGAUGUAAAUUCUGUCUCCUCUUUUUUUUUGUAAUUUAAAACAAGUUUUUUCAAGAUCUGCUCUCCCUGAGUUGGACAGUUUUACUCAUGUUGUAGAAUGUGUGAUCAUUUUUUAACUGCUCUUAGUGUUUUUUUAUUUUAUUUUAUUUUUUUUACUUCCUCUUUUUUUUCCUGUCAUUGUGGAUGAUGUUGUAGCACAGUGGCUGGUCUCAGGUACUGUGGGAGAUGGAGAGAAUUAUAUGGGAUCUCUCCCCUGUUUAUUGCACUUUUUUGGGGGAAAAAAGAAAACCAUCUGGCAUUGAAAUGAACAAAGUAACAGAAAUAAAGGCAGAUAUGGAUCAUUUAUACAGCAAGCUGGUCUCUCCCAAUGGGGGGGUUGAGAGUUAACGUCUUAUGCUUUUUAUUUUUUGCAUUAGAUUAAGUUACCUGGGAAACAUAGUUUGUGCCUUUCCAAGUAAAAAAUUUAACACUAAUGUGUCCCUUUUAAAAUUCCUAUCCAGGUUGAGGUGUCCAUGGCCCUCUCAGAUGGUUUAUUCUCUACUGUGUGCUCCAUUUCAGUCUAAUGGAAUCCGUUGGCAUUGCUCAGAUUUCUUUUCACUGUUGUAAAGUGUAUCAUAGCAAAGAUCCACAAGACAUGAGUCUAUGGGUUUAUACGCAGUAACAGAGGUUGCCUAUAAGAGUGAGGAUGUGUAUUGAUUUACAUACCUAUUAAAUGUUUCUUUUCUUCUA